AUGGAUCCUAAUCAUUUUCAUUAUCAACAAACUAUGUUCAAUUACAUGCAAAAUAAUCAAAAUCCUAAUUCUCAAAAUGCUCAAAUUCCAUCGGUGUCAACAAACCCCGCCAUAUUUUUUCCGUCACCAAACAAUCCAAAUAUGUUUCCUAGCCCUCAAAUGAAUUCUAAUAGUAUGGAAUUUUUUUGUCAUGAACCAGAAAUACCGAUUGGAUUUAUCUGGGAUGAGGAUAUACUUCUUAUCCAAUCAUGGCUCAAUGUUUCAAAGGAUCCAAUUGUGGGAGUUGAUCAAAAGGCUGAGAGUUUUUGGGUAAGAGUCGCUGCCAAUUAUAACCAGUACCGUGGACAAUCGCGGGAAAAGGUAGGGGGACAAUUAAAAUGUCGAUGGCAUCGAAUAAAUGCCAUGGUUCAAAAAUUUGUUGGGUGUUACAAACAAGCUGUUAAUGGAAAGAAAAGUGGGACAUCGGAGAACGAUAUCAUGGCCUCUGCACAUGCUUUUUUUGCUCAGGAUCAAGGUACAACAUUCAAUCUUGAGUACACAUGGCGACUGUUAAAAGAUGAAUCUAAAUGGAUGGGAGAAUCGAUUGGAAGUUCUUCAAAAAUAACAAAGACUUCCGCUAGUGGGGCAUCAUCGGAGAACCCAGAUACACAUUCAAGUUAUGAGUUUGACUCAUCAUCACCAAUGGAGCGUCCAAUGGGACAAAAAGCAGCAAAAAGGAAGGGUAAGACAAAUAAUAUUCCAACUACAACGGAAGAUGCAAGGAAUAAAAGAACAACGACAAUGAAAAGACUAGUGCAAUGUAAGGAGGACGAGAUAGAAGUAAAGGUAAUGCCAAUCAUGAUGAAAGACACUUGUACUAUGAGCGAUAGUCAACGAGAUAUUCAUGAAAAAUAUUGUAAUAAGAUGAAAAAAAAUAUGGAAUGUAGUUAG